AUGCGUGGCCUGGGGACAAAUCUUCACGCGCCGUUGGUGCACUUUCCGCCUGUAGAAGAUAAUGCGACUUUUGUCUUGCGCAGUGAAUUUCCCGAGAAUGGUGCGAAUUUCUCUAGAGAGCCUCGUGUCACGUCGGAAAUUGAUGCUGAAGCUGCCACCCGCAGUUCACAGCUACUUGAGUAUGCGGGUCCCGUCGUACUGCCCCUUUCGAACAAACUCGAUUCCAUAGCGAGGCACGUUAAUUUUCUCAAGAAAUGGUAUCUACUGAUACACGUUACCUACAUAUUAUUCCUUGUAUGCAUUGGGUCUUUGCUAUUUUACGCCUUAGAGGCUGAUCUGCAGUACGUCGACGCCUUCUUCGUCGCCAUGUCUUCUGUGUGUUGUUGUGGGCUGCAGACGGUUGAUGUUUCAAGAUGGAAGCAGGACACGAAUAUUCUGCGACACCUCCUUAUGAUUGGAGGAGGGGUUGUGUUUACAAGUGCCCACCAGCCACUGCUGCGCAUAUGGAUGCUGAAUAGGAUGUGGCCUGUGCUUAAGCCAUGCCCUGAGGAUAAUUUCCAAGAGGGGCGAUUGCGAGCUUCACGGCGCAAGUACGCGCAGCGGCUUUGGCACACCUCCGUCAUUUGCCUUCUAACACCGCUACUGUAUUUUGUUCUCGUAAACAGUGCCCUGAUGUUUUUUCUUGCGGUAUUUAAUCAGUUAAAUUUGGGAUUUGUGAAAAUUUUUGAGAUUGCAAUGGCUUCCUUUCACGGCUCCAUAUUUAUCUCUAUGGAAAACUACGUCAGGGACCCCGCUGUGGUGCUGUUUGUAACGAUAGGAUCUGGACUGGGAUUCACACUGUUUCCGGUGGCAUUGCGUGGCUUUUUCUACUUGGAAUGGUUUGCAUUUCGCCUUAUGCGGCGUGUGUGCAAGGGCCGCCAAUUGUCGCGACCAGGCGAUGAGCAAAGUCUGACUGUGCCUUUAUUACAUGGGGAUUUUUAUCCUCUCUUUGCGGCGCGGGAACACCAGUAUGUGGGGAAUCUCUUGUCUUACAGUGAUGUGGCCGAUGAUGUGGUUCAUACUAGUUCAUGGGAGAAGGGGUUUCGUGACAUAUUGACAAGUGACCAGCCUGUCUCAUUUCAUGCCUUUUUAUUUGUGCUCAGCGAGACGGUUUAUCUCGGGGUGGCGUGGUGCUUCAUCACCGUAGUUCAGGCCAUUCCCUUCUGGGUUCAGCAAUGGGACGGUAACGGGCUACUUGCCCCCUUCUCUACAGCGUAUAAAAUAUUUCUCUCUCUCUGUCAGGCUGCCGUGGUGCGGUUUGCCGCCGCCUCAUUUGUUUCAUGCUUGGAGUAUAGCAACGCACAUAUUGCCAUCACGAUUAUUUGCAUGUUUUUGCCGGCCCUUCCCAUUCCCACGGACCGUACGUACAGGAAAUGGAAACAGGUGUUUCGCACCUCCAUGGUGCGUCUUCUCACCUCACGCCUUUUUGGCCUCUUUGUAGCCAUACUCUGUCUUCUCUUUGGGGAGGAGGAAUGGCUUGCGGAGAAGUUGGUGGGAUCGCGUUUUGAUGCCAUGACACGAUCGCUAUUUGAGGUUGUUAGCGCCUUCGCGGGUUGUGGCUUGUCUUUGUCCCUGCCAGGGUCAGCGGUGUCCUUUGUGGGCUCUCUCGGCGUGUUUAGUAAGUUGGUCGUCGCUGCUGUGAUACUUGGUGGCCGCCACCGCACCGUCGACUUGGGUAUUGAUUUGGGCUUUGCUGUGCUUGAGGCAGAUCAACGUGUACAGUGCGGUGUGGGCUGA